UUUCCUUUGAUUUCCCUCUUUGACAGAAUUUCAGAAUCACAACACGAUCGACCAACUCUUUUAUAACUUCCCAGUCAGUCAGAUGAGGUGACAGAGACAACUUUAGGUCAACAAACUUAUAAUGAAGCUGUUCUGUUUUGCUACAUUGUUACUAUCUCUUGCUCUUGCAUAUUAUGUCUAUACCCCAAUGCCUGAAACCAUUUCAGAACCAUGGAAACUCAUGAUUUUGGAUGCAGCUAUUCGCUCCAUGAUGCACGUGGGGGCCUUUUUGCAGACAUUAGGUAUCUGCCAUCAAGUUCACGUGAUACGCUUCGUGCAGCAAAUGCAACCUAUGCCCAGUGGAGAUACUAAGGUCCAAGACCUCACCUUUGCUGGGGUGCAAGUGCGAGUGUACGAGGGGACAGGAGGGGAGGAAGGCAGGCUGAGGAGAGGAAUGGUCUUCCUGCAUGGUGGGGGCUGGGCUUUGGCAUCUACCAAGGAGCGAUCCUAUGACCAUCUCUGCAGGAAAAUGGCAGACGAGCUGAAAGCAGUCAUUGUAUCUGUGGAAUACCGCCUGGCCCCUGAGGUCCACUUCCCAAAGCAGUAUGACGACUGCCUGGAGGCCACCAAGCACUUCCUGACCCCUGAGGUGCUGGCCCUCUACUCCGUGGACCCUGCGCAUGUGGGAAUAGCAGGGGACAGCGCUGGGGGAAACCUGGCAGCCGCGGUGGCUCAGCAGAUCAGUGUGGAUGACACCAUUUCAGUGAAGCUCCGGGUGCAGGCCUUGAUAUAUCCUGUGCUCCAAGCCCUGGAUUUCAACACCCCUUCAUACCAGCAGAAUCAUAACAUACCCAUUCUUUACCGGUCUUCUAUGGUCCAUUUCUGGCUUGAAUAUCUAGACGCUGAUCACACCUUAAUCCAUACCAUGCUUAUUAACAACCACACCGCCAAAGACCAGAAGGCACUGUCCAAGCAUCGUGCCAAGUUCGACUGGACCGCCCUCCUCAGCCCAGAAUUCCAGAAAAACUACAAGGCUGUCGUGCCACGCAAGGGGUCACCUAAGAUCCUGAAGAAGGUUCCGGCACUGCUGGACGUGCGUGCUGCACCGCUGCUGGCAGAAGAAGUGGUUCUGCAGAAGACACCACAGGCCUAUGUUCUGACCUGCGAGCACGACGUCCUGCGGGAUGACGGGCUGAUGUAUGCCCGACGCCUUGAGCAGGCUGGGGUGAAAGUCACCAGCGAUCACUACGCUGACGGCUUCCACGGCUGCCUAUCUUUUGCCUCCGACCCUAUCAAAUUCUCAGUGGGAGAGCGGGCCGUGCAGAACUACAUCUCUUGGCUCAAUGAUAAUCUGUAGUCUUUGCAUUAGAGGUUCAUCACAACACUGUGCUUAGCAUAGAUCAUUUUUUCUCACUAAUGUUUCAAAGAAAUAUUCUUCCCAAAACUGCUACUGUGUACUGUGCAACUUUGUUGACUGCUCCAGCUCUUACUUUCAGAUUUUAGUGUGUUUGAGGAAAUGUGUUAUAAAGUUAAGGCCUUGCAAAGUGUUGUAGAUCAGUUUUAAACUGAUCCACUGUGUCUGUGUUCCACUGAUCCACUGUGUCUGAAAAUAUACAUUUGUCUGGAAAAGUAAGUCUAGUUCCAUUACAGAGCACUUCUAAAAGUAUGUCUCUUACUUCUCAGUAAUAUGAUUUCCAAAUUUCCACCAUACCUGAGAUUUUGCCAUGUAACCAACUCAAAGCAACAUUGAUCAAUGAACUCCUGAAAUGGCAAUUUCUUUUGAGCUGCUUUUUCAAAAUGAAUUUAGAUUUUAUAUGGCUCAUCAUCUCCCACUCAAACUCCAAGUUAGUUCCUAAACCCUAUAGGGUCCACAUGACACCUACACAGGAGAUUCGUGUUCCAGCCUGGAAACAAAAACACAGCACAUUCACUUACAAAGAUACUAUAUACAUGAUUGUGCAUUUUAGCAUUUCAUACAGUACACUGGAAUCAAACAACCAAUAGAACCUGCUCUCUUUCUCUCUCUCUCUCUCAGCAGCAAUGCCACAGUGAAUUACUUUCUGAUGACAGCCUAAAGUGCACAAUGAUGAAAUGGCCACAUACCAAAACUCAUGCCCCUUAGUAGAACAUUCAGUUCGGUCCAUGCAGUUCGGUCCAUGCAAUAGCUUAUUACUGAAUUAAAUUAAAUGAAAUAUCUUUAUACCCACUACAAA